CGUCGUUAUAGAUGUUCAAGAUGCUUCAGACCAUCACAUGGAGGAAGAGAAUGCCCAGCUAUGAGGAAAAAUUGUAAUGCAUGUGGUCAACGUGGCCAUUUCGCAGCAGCUUGUCGUGCAGAAUCAGUAAGCAUGGUAAAGGAUGGGAACGGAGCGAUUCCUAAGGACGAAAAUCAUGGAGAACAGCAUAAUCAAUGCUUUGUCCCUUCAGGAUGUGCUUGUAGAUUGUCGCAUUGGUCAGUCCAGUCCUAUUAAAUUCCUAAUCGAUUCUGGUGCAGACGUAAACGUCAUUGGUGGCGCAGAUUGGGAUAGGCUGGAAAAGCAGUUUGAGUCGGGGAUGGCUUUCUUUACACAUAAUACAACUCCGCAUAAUACUUCUAUUCGAGCAUACGCUGCGAAUAAGCCAAUGCAGGUAAAAUGUAGCUUCAGGGCUACAGUAGAGGUGAUCGGGUUCGAUAAACCAGUAGUUGCAGCUGAGUUUCUGGUCGUAGAGGAAGGAAGAAGGUCACUUUUGGGAAGAGCAACGGCUAGCGACAUGGGUUUGCUGAAAGUAGGCGAAAUGGUCAAUGCUUGUGAAGAAUCCUCAAUAUUUCCGAGAAUGCCUGAUGUGAAAAUCAAAUUUAGUGUUGAUUGUUCCGUUCCACCGGUGCGCAAUGCGUACUACAACAUUCCUGCUGCUUACCGAGAGGGAGCACGUCGGCGACUAGAUCAGAUGGAAGCAAGAGGUAUAAUCGAAAAAGUCACUACAGCGCCGCAGUGGAUCAGCGGCAUGUCGGCGGUACCGAAAGGUAAAGAUGACUUCCGCUUGGUGGUGAACAUGAGAGCACCAAACAAAGCUAUCAAGCGGGAGUAUUUUCGGUUACCACUUAUCGACGAAAUGAAGGUCAAGCUGAAUGGCGCAAAGUUUUUCACAAAACUGGAUCUGUCUGACGCGUUCUAUCACCUCGAAUUAUGUGAAGAGUCGCGUGAGCUUACCACGUUCCUUUCGGAGACAGGAAUGUAUCGCUUUACACGCUUGAUGUUCGGUGUCAACUGCGCGCCGGAAGUAUUCCAGCGCGAAAUGACACGUAUUCUUAAAGACAUAGAAAAUAAAAUCGUAUAUAUUGAUGAUAUCCUUCUCUUUGCUGAAUCUAUUGAAAAGCUUAGAGCAACGGUCGCUCAAGUGUUGCAAAUUUUGAGGUCUAAUAAUCUUACCCUAAAUAGUUCAAAAUGUGAAUACGAUCGAACUAGAGUUAACUUUUUGGGGCACGAAUUAAGUGAAAAAGGGUUUAACAUCGAAGCAUCAAAGAUAAAGGACAUACAGCGAUUUCGGCAUCCAUCCACGUCAUCUGAACUGAGAAGUUUCCUGGGACUUGCAUCGUUUGUAAGCCCAUAUAUCAACAAGUUCGCGGAAAUAUCUACUCCUUUGUGGGCUGUGGUAUCAUCACAGAAAUGGAGCUGGGGUAAUGAACAAAAAAGCGCCUUCGAGUUUUUGAAGCAAAAAAUCAUCGAGUCAACUGUAUCGUUGGGAUUCUUCUCGGAAUCCGACAAAACUAUCCUGUAUACUGACGCGUCUCCUAAUGCACUAGGUGCAGUGUUAGUUCAGGAAAACAAAUUGGGCUCUUCACGAAUCAUAAGCUUUGCGUCGAAGUCACUAACGGCGACUGAGAAAAAGUACGCCCAAAACCAAAGAGAGGCAUUAGGGGCAGUGUGGGCAGUGGAGCAUUUCUCCUACUUUUUACUAGGCAGGCACUUCGUUUUACGGACGGAUGCUCAAGGAAUGACCUUCAUUCUAAGUAGGUCGCGUGAGGAUUCCAAAAGGGCAUUAACAAGGGCAGAUGGAUGGGCCUUACGGCUAAGCCCGUAUGAUUAUGAUAUCGAAUACAUAAAAGGACACGACAACAUCGCUGAUCCGUCAUCGCGUUUAUAUUGUGGACAGGAUGAAGCAUUCAACGAGGAAAUCAGCCCAUGGGAAGUUUGUAACUUGGAAACUCGUAGUGAUGAGUUCCUGACUGAAGAAGAAAUUCGUGAAUACACAGAGCGUGACGCAACUCUGCUACAGGUGAUCCACGCCUUGGAAACGAAGGAUUGGCCUAAAGCAUUAAUGAAGUUUAAAUCAAUCGAGAAUGAUCUUAUCUUCACUAAAGGGAUUUUAGUGAAAAGUGGCUGCCCGGUUAUUCCUCAAGAACUUCGGGAUAAGACCUUGGAGAUCGCUCACAUGGGCCAUCCUCUCGAAGCUAAAUUGAAGAGCAUCUUGCGUAGACGCGUAUGGUGGCCAGGAAUGUCUUCUGACGCGGAAAAAUAUGUUAAAUCUUGUUCCACUUGUGCCAUAAAUGGACGACCAGAGCGACCGCCACCAAUGCAAAGGGCAUUUGCUCCAAAAGGUGUGUGGGAAACAAUCGCCCUGGAUUUUAAUGGACCGUAUCUUAAGCUAGGAGGAAUAUCCAUUCUAGUCAUAAUCGACCUACGUUCUAGGUAUGCAAUUGCGCGACCUGUGAAAACAACUAAAUUUGAGCACACUAAAGCUGUUUUGGAUGCCGUUUUCGAACGUGAAGGAUAUCCCAAAGCUAUGAAAUCCGAUAACGGACCACCUUUCAACGGCGAAGAGUAUUCUAAAUACUGCUCCGAACGCGGAAUCCAAACGAUAUUUUCUACUCCAUUCUACCCUCAGCAGAACGGCCUGGUAGAAGGCUUUAUGAAGGUCGUAAAUAAAGCCAUGUCUACCGCGUUAGCCAAGGGGAAAUCAUCAGAAAGAAUUGCAAACAGCAGUUCAUUCUUAUAA